AUGUCGAAUGGCUCUCCAUCGACGGUGCAGUUGAGAAGCUCUCCCGUUACUUCGUUCUCUAAACCAGGCUUUCACUUCGCUGCCGGCCUGCUCUCCGGUCUCACGUCCUCCAUCCUACUCCAGCCGGCCGACCUUCUCAAAACACGCGUCCAGCAAUCGAGCAAAACGGCUGCCCUCCUUCCUACUAUCCGUAAUAUUCUUGCAUCUCCACAUCCUAUUCGAGGAUUAUGGCGUGGAACUCUUCCUUCUGCUCUGAGGACGGGGUUUGGCUCGGCGUUAUACUUCACCAGUUUGAAUACCUUGAGAACAGCAGUUGCAACAAAUGCUCCGGAGCAUAUGUUUCAGGGCGGUAAAGGCAAUUCCCAGAGCAAUGGUAUGACCAGAACGUCAGCAUUGCCUAAAUUGUCACAUACAGCAAACCUAGUCACUGGUGCUGUCGCACGGGUCUCCGCAGGGUUUGUGAUGAUGCCAGUAACGAUUCUUAAAGUACGCUAUGAAUCUGAUUACUACACCUAUCGAAGCCUAUGGGGCGCUGCCAAGGACAUCAUCCGUCAUGAGGGAGUACGAGGUCUAUUCUCUGGCUUUGGAGCUACUGCCAUUCGCGAUGCGCCGUAUGCAGGCCUAUACGUUGUCUUCUACGAACAUUCCAAGCGCACACUUGCCACUCUUCUCGGUCCUACCAACCCUUCCUCCUUAUCUUCUUCAGGCACUGCCGCUGAAUCAGCAUCUCGAGCGCCACCUUCAACGGCAUCAAUAAACUUCUUCUCCGGUGCACUUGCUGCAGGCCUAGCUACGACCAUUACGAACCCUUUCGACGUCGUGAAAACCCGCGUUCAAUUGAUGCCUUCUAAAUAUCGAAAUAUGGUUCGUGCAACGAAAUUAAUGUUGAGGGAGGAUGGGAUGAGGAGCCUAUUUGGUGGGCUGGGAUUGCGAAUGGGAAGAAAGGCGUUGAGCUCGGCGUUGGCGUGGACGGUAUAUGAGGAGUUGAUCAUGUGGGCAGAGAAACGAUGGGCAGAAGAACAAAAAGAGCUUGAUCCGGUGUUGUAA